AUGGAAAAGACAACAACUACGCCUACCUUUAAAAAAUCAUCACAGUCACAGCCAUCUAUAGGCGGUGGUGUUAGCGUUGGUGGCCGUAUUAAAUCCGGACCUAAAUUCGAACUUUCAGAAGAACAAAAAGCCGACAUCAGAGAAGCAUUUGAUCUUUUCGAUACUGAAUCCACCGGGUAUAUUGAAGUGAAAGAACUCAAAGUAGCCAUACGUGCUUUAGGCUUUGAACCGAAAAAAGAAGAAAUAAGACGCAUGAUUGUGGAAAUCGGUAAAGAUGGCAAUGGAAGGUUAACAUUUGCAGAUUUUCUUCAAUUGAUGACAAUGAAAAUGGCAGAAAAAGAUACUAAGGAAGAAAUUCUCAAGGCAUUUCGUUUAUUUGAUGACGAUGAGACUGGUAAAAUUUCAUUUCGCAAUUUAAAACGUGUCGCUCGGGAACUGGGAGAGAAUUUGACAGAUGAAGAACUACGUGAAAUGAUCGAUGAAGCUGACUUAGAUAAUGACGGAGAAGUUAGCCAGGAGGAGUUUCUGAGAAUAAUGAAGAAAACUAGUUUAUAUUAA